GUUCUUUCUCUUGACUAACAAUAACGCUGUAUUCGGUCUUUUUAAAUAUACAUAUAUAUAUAUAUAUAUAUAUAUAUGUAUAUAUGUAUUUUUACUACAGCUGUAAUCAUAGGAGUCAGAAAAAAGAACGAAUACAUCGUUAUUGUUAGUCAAGAGAAAGAACGAAUAUGCCAUCAUUGUGAGCUAGGCAAAAAGACCCAUAUCCACAUUUUUCCUUAUGGUAUAUUAGAGAAUCUUCGAUUUUCACAACUUGGGUGAAAUUUCACCCAAUCCUCUUGCUACCCUUCUUUGUUCCAGUCUUCCUCCAAACUACGAAAUGUGCUACGGAAACUAUGGUGACACGAGCUAUUAUUGACAACAAAUGCACAACGAACAGACAGACAAACAUUCUUCUGUAUACAGACAGACAGACACCCACUAUCACACACAUCAUAUAUAUAUAUAUAUAAUAUAUAUAUAUACAGAUAUAUAGAUAUAUAUAUAAAGAAGAAGGUUGUGUCUGUCUAUCUGUUUUUUUGUGCAUUUGGACACUGCACGAGCUAGCGGUGCCAAACUGUUCAUGGCAUACUCUUAGGGCCACAGGAAACGUUGCAAUUUUUACUAAUCUUGCAAAAACUUCAGAGUAUUUACUACCGUUGUUAGAAUAUCCACCUCUUACUGGCACUUUUUUUGCACUGGGUGUUGGUAUGAAUUAUGGCAAUGAGCAUGAGCUAAGAAAACAGAAAGUCACUCACACUCGCACACUAUUUGCUGAAUUAUCCGAUUUAAGAAUGAACUCUUAUGAAAAUAAACAUGUACAUCAACGUCAAAACUGUGAACCAUAUGAAGCAUUGUUUACCAAAGCAAAGAAGUCAUUAUCUCUUGAACAAGUUAUUGAUUCCGACAUAUGGAAUUGGAAAACCGUAGAAAAACUUUCGUCCUAUCAGACAAUAUGGAACGCACAUGAAACGUGGAAGAAAUUAUCGCACUUGAUUUUCGACUUAAAAGAACCUGUUCGAAUUAUUAGUAAUCCUGAGAGAUGUUGGAUAUUACUUAUUGAUAAAUAUCAACAUCAUCAAGAAGAAUUAAUGAAAUUACCAAUAUUAUUAUCAAAAACAGUUUUUAUAAACUAUUUACCAAAUUCAGAGGAGAUACAAAAAUUGAAAACAAUUUUUGAUAAAUAUGAUCAAGAAGAAGAGCCAAGUGUCUUUUCUAAACUACAAAAUAAUGAUCAACGAACUCAAUCUGGUAAUUACUAUUUAUUCGACUCGACGAUAACAAAUAAAUAUAUUAAUAAAAAUGAUUUUUAUUUUCCAAUACAAAAUCCUCCAUCUCAACUUUCGAACAACAAAUGUUGUGCUUGUAAGAAAGCAUUUUCAUUCUUUGCACGUCGUCAUUUCUGUCGUAUGUGUGGUCAAGAUCAUUGCACUGAUUGUUCAUUAUACAAACGAAUCCCGCAUUUAGGUUAUAUCACUAAAUCCGUGCGAAUCUGUUCCAAUUGUUCAGAGGAAAAGAAACAAUUGAUCUAUCAACAUUUAUUUAAUUAUGUUAAAAAUUUAAUCGAAUCUAAUCGAUUAGAAUUAUUAAGUAUUUUUUUAGCUUUGCUUGAUCGAUAUCAACCUGACAGUAAUAGAUCCUUUUAUCAUCAAACUGGCAUACGCUAUUAUCAAGCGGAAAAAUAUUCAUUGGCUCUUCAAUGUUUUACAUAUGCUCGACUUGACAAUGAUGAAUGGUUUAAAUAUUCGAUUGAAUUUUGCAAGAAAAACGAAUAUUCGUAUUGUUUUACUUGUAUGAAAUUAUGCAACAAAUCUGAUAAUUUUUGGUUGCAACAAGCUACUUUACAGCACAAUUCAAUAUAUGCUUUAUUAUGUUACGAACGUAUUAAAUUAUCAAUUGAAAAAAUAUUUCAAAUAGCAAGUGAUCAAUUUUUCAAGGAUACUGAUACAUGCUUGUUUUACUUACUAUAUUUAAAUGUUAAAUAUGCCGAUCAAGUUGACUGGAAAGACUUUGGUGGAAAAACUUUGUUAGAACGAAAAGAUAAUGGUAGUCUUGCAAUGUUUUGUUUUUAUUUAUACGAUAAAAUGUUGCAUGAUGAAUGGAUUUACGUAAGUGAACAAUUAUGUGAUACAAAUCAAUUUGAAAAAUUAGCUUUGUUAUUAACAUAUCUAUAUUGUGUACAAAAAAUAGACCUUCAAAUAUCAACGAACAGUUAUAUUUACUUUCUAACCAAGAUAUUAUUAUCGAAAAAGACAACAAUCUCUUUAGAUGAUUGGUUAAACCAUUUUUGUAAUAUAUCGUCAGUUGAUAUGAAUCGUAUUAUCAUUGGACUUUCAUUUGCACAUAUUUAUAAAUAUCGAUCUUGGAUAGAAUAUAAAAAUCAAUAUAUUGAAAAGAAAGAAUAUCUUAAAGUUUUAUUUUGUCAUAAAAUGGCUGAAACUUUAUGCGAUCGUAAUGAAACACGAUGGUUUAUCAAUGCUAUUGAAGAUUUCGAUCCGAUUGGAUAUGAAUUGUUUAAUAAUACGAAUCAAAUUUCACAAUGGAAACAACUAGCUGAUCAGUACUAUAAUGAUCAAAAAUUUCUAAUAGCCUUAAACUGUUAUCUGUUUUGUGAACAAGAGAAAGCCUAUGAAACUAUUAUUCAACAAGCACAAUCAUCAACGCUUCCAUUAUCCACAGCAUUACUAUAUUUGACAGUCGUAUUUAAACUUACACGUGGAUGUAGUUCCAAGAAUUCUCAUGUUCUACCGCUGGUAAUAUCAGCUGUUCAAAUGUAUGAAACUGAAGAUCGAUUUAAAAAUAUCGAUUUAUUUAAAUAUCAUCUUUUAAUUCUAAAUCAACUUGCAAAAAUGAACGAUAAGAAAGGUGAAAAUGAUCCAAUGAUUAAUGGUGGUGUGCAUAUUCUAUUAAGUAUGGAUCGGUUAUCAAAUGAAUCGAUGCAAAAUUUAACUGCAUUAAAUCAACCAUUAUUAAUUAAAUUGCAAACAAAAGUUUUCAAUCAACUUAAAGUUGCUACGUAUAAAUCGUGUUUAGAAUUAAUGAAAGUCUUAUUUAAUUCAGAAAACUAUUUUCUUGAACAAUUGAAACAAGUACUUCAGAAUUGUUGUGGUAUAUUAGAGUUAGAAGAUAUCCAACCGUCAGAAUAUCGCUCGAAAAUGUAUUUUAUUCAAGCAAUCAUCUACAAACUUGAAAAUAAUCCCAUUCAAUCAUUAUCUUCUAUUCAUCAUGCUCUUCUUUCUCAUCCAUAUGAUACAGUGAUAAUUAGUCUUCUUUUUUUUAUCAAUUUUUCAUAUACGCAUUCAACAAUACGUCGAGCACUUAUUGACGAUAUAAUUAAUAAUUCAUUAAAUCUAUCUGAUAUCACUCCACCAAUUCAUCUAAUGAAGAAUUUGACUUUUUUAAAAAGAACGGAACGUUUAAUUAUGCUGAAAAAGUAUGAACGUGCCAUUAUCAAACGACUAGCAGAGAAUAAUCCUGUUCAAGCAGCUUUUUCUUAUAUUGAUUUAAUUAUGGCAAUAUCCGGUAAUCGAACAUUGUUCGCCAAUAGUUUAACAAUGUCAUGUUUAUAUUUCUAUAAAGCAAUGACAAAUCCAAAAUGUACAUCAGCUGAAUUAUAUGCGUAUCGAUCUAUUAUAUUUGAUAUUUCAAUCGAAAUAUUUCUCUUUACAAGACAUUAUCUACCAUUAUAUGUUCAAAUGUAUAUUUAUAAAAUGUUAUAUACGAUUAUUUUACGUUCAUCGGAUCUAUUUUCCAAACGAAACGUUAUUAUUAAUGAUCGAAGUCAAACAUUAAAAAAUGAACCGAUUAUAAAUGAUUAUCAUGAAACAGUCUUAGAUGAAUUAUUGAAAAAUAUUCUUCAUCUAUCACAAGUUAAUCCAUUAACACAUUCACCAUCGACAAGUACGAUACACGAUAUGGUCUAUAUGGAAUGUGCUGGAAAUGAAUUUCUAUCAAAAUAUUUAAAAUUCAAAUCUUUUAAUCGUUCACUCUAUCAGUAUUAUUACUUUGAAGGUAUUUGGAAAGGUUGGAUUGACAAUGAUACAUUUACUGAUGAACGUGAAAUUUGUAUGGAAGCGUUACUACACGAUAAUAAUUGGAUAAUGGAUGAUGUACAAGAUCUUCUAUGUUGGUCAGUGAUACCGAAAACAAAUGAUGGUUGGUUUUUAAAUACACAACAUCGAUUACGAUUAGGGCAGUCAGCAUAUUCACAAGUAAUUGGUAUAACACUGAAUAAUGAUACAGGAGAUAUUGAAUUCUUAUUUACAAAAGCUAAAAAAAAUGAACAUAAUUUAUUUGAUGCCGCGGAUGUCGUCGAUGUUUUAACGAACGGAAUUGAUUUUGCUUAUUUUACAUUAGAUCCACCUAAUGCAAAUUAUCAUUCACAUCCAUUUAAUGAAAUGAGAUAUUUACCUAGACGUCUCGAAAAUAUACCGAAUUAUUUACUUACAUUAUUACACACUGAUUAUCUCUUAAAAAUGAUUUCAACAGGUGUUGAAAUCUGUUCAUUAAUACCAUUUGAAAUGCGUUCAUCAACGGAUAAUUUAAUGCAGCGUUUACCAAUUAAAAUACGUGAAGAACUUCAGGCAAUUGCUGUGAAGAAAUCUGGUAUGAUAACAGAUAGUAUCCGUCGUUUUUGGAUUCAGCCUGAAUCUACUCUUGAUUAUGAGCAAAUUUUUCACAAGAAUUUCUUUGGUAGAACAAACGAUAAUAUAACACAUGUGUAUUUAAGUGAUAAUUUCAAAAUGUGUGUAAAACAACAUCGAAUGAAAUAUGAUGAAAAAGGAAAUUUAAUUGAUGAUAAAAAUGAUACACAAGAUGAUCAAUCAGCUGAAGCUCAAUUUUCACGUGUAUUUACUAAAUAUUACGAUGAAAUUGGAGAAUAUUUUCCAGAAUUAUUACGUUUGAAGGAAUUAGUAAAAUUAAAUUUCCUAUCACGUAUUAUUCGAGCAAGAUACGAAAGUCAACGUGAUUUAGCGGCACGAAUUGAAAACAAUUCAGCAAUUGAUACACAUUUGAAAGAAAUGAAACGAACGAUUGGUCGCUAUCCGACAGGUUCAGAUGAAAACGAUAAGAAAAUACUAAAUGCUUUAUUAAAAAAUCUCUCUAAACAAUGUUUCUGUAAAAAAAGUGCUCUUAGACCAUAUAUUAUUGAUUGGUUAGAAUAUAACGAUGAACAAGCAUUAGUACAAUAUCUUAAACAAUCAAUAAUUCAAGAAAAAGCAAAAUUAAAAUUUACAAUUGAAAAAUUAAAUUUCUUUUACGAUGAUACACACGAUAAUGAUCAAAAGAUGAGUAAUGAUUUAUCAAAAUGUUCGUGGGUACCUGCUGCUUUUUCAAUUGAUCUAAAUAUGAAAGUAUAUGGAGGUGUUUUGGCAGCGGCAGAUGGUAAAGAAGUGCCCGGUAUAGCACAGAUGCAAAAAAGCAAACCAGCAACUAAAGAAAAUGCAAGUAAAGUGUCGGCAAACGAUCACUCAAGACGAAAUGAUAUGAGAAUUGGAGGAACGGCAGGUGGAGAUAACAAUGAAACAGGUACGCGAUCCAAUUUUAGUACAAAUUCCUACCCUACUAGGCAGGAAGCUUUGAAUGCAAUUCUCACAAAAUAUGGAUUAUCAGAGGAAGCCAAACCAUACGAGGUGGUACCAGUGCUCGACACGAAUCCAGAUAUGAAACAAAAAUCCAUAGAAGAAUCUAAAAAAACUGGUGAAUAUAUAACGGCGAUGGUGGAUGAAAUAUUUUACGAACUUCCUGAUGGUUUCCUAAUAUUGCGACAGGAUACUGAGCGUACAUACAAUGAAAGACGAAAAAAAGGCAGUACAGAUACCAGUGGUGCACAAAAGGCCCAUUUCAAUGUCCUUAUUUGGACUUUAGCAGAGCCUAUAGACACUAAGGAACAUUAUUAUUUUGAUAGAGACGAGCGUAAGACUUAG